GCAUUCCAGCUGCUCCUGGACAGCUUCCAGGGCUUGGAGCUCCUGCGCCAGCAUCCCCUGCCCGGCGGGAAGCGCUGGCUCGUCUGGCUCAAGCUCGACUGUGGGAAUGGAAGGGCUGGUGUGUGUCCCACGGACCCCAAGGCCAUGGCCCUGGCCCGUGCCAUCGCCCAGGAGUCCCCGGACGUGGUGACACUGGUGGGGAUCUAUGCCCACUGCGGGAACACCUACAGCUGUCGUGACGUUUCAGCCAUCCAAGCCAUCGCCAGGGCCACCACUGCCGCUGUCCUCGAAUUUGUCACCACGCUGCGGCAGGCAGGGAUCUCAUGUCCCCAGGCCACCAUUGGCUCCACACCGUCCUGCAGCCACCCAGUGCCAGAGAUGUCCCAACUCACUGAGGUUCACCCAGGCAACUAUCUCUUCUAUGACCUCCAGCAGACCCUGCUGGGCUCAUGCCAGCCAGAGGAGGUGGCCAUCCGUGUCCUCACCAGGGUCAUUGGGCACUACCCCCACCGCAAGCAGCUGCUGGUGGACUGUGGGUGGUCAGCACUAAGCCUCCAUGGCCGUGACCAGGGGCCCAUGGGCUGUGCUGCCAUCGAGGGACAUCCUCAGCUCAGAUGUGUGCUGGUGGGGCUGACUCAGGAGCAUGGGCAGGUGGAAGCUGUAGAUGGAGAUUUGGAGUUUGAGCGGUUCCCAGUGGGAAGUAUUUUGGCUCUCAUCCCAUUCCAUGCCUGUGCCACUGCUGCCAUGCACCCUGUCUACUACGUCCACGCUGGGGGGAAGGUGGUGGAGCUCUGGCAUCCUGUCCGUGGCUGGUAG